CAAAUAUUGCUUUGUAUAAAUAAAAUAAACAAAGCCUGCGGAUUAAAACAGUUCUUUAUUAUUGAUGGUAUCGAAACAUAAUUAUCAAAUCUUAAAAUUAACCAAUGCUGUCCUGCUAAGCAACUCAUGAUAUUUGUGCAAAUAAUAAAACUCAUUAUAAGUACAACAUUGUGCUAUAGCUAUAAUAAUAAGAUACAAUACAGAUAUAUAUUAUGGCUAAUGAUGAUGAUAAGAAUAAUUCUUUCUUCUUUGUUCCACCAUUCAACUUCGAAGAAAUCCAGAACAAUAAUCAUUGCGGCCCUACUAUUACAGAUGAAUUAGAAGUGAUCUUCAAUCCAAAAAAUAAAGACCAUUCAUUUGGAGGAAUGGUGAACAAUAAAGAUGAUGAUGAUCGAUUUGGCUUGUUCUAUGAUCAACAAGAUAACAUGAUGAUGAUGAUGAAUAUGGCUGGUAAUAAAGAAGUACUAGUACCAAAAAUUUUUGCUCAAGAUCAACAAAGACAAGAAUUACCCAAGUCCGACUACUCAAUUUUGGAUGAUUUCGAUGCGAUUUCAAUGAAUUUCGAUGAUCCUCCUCCUCCUCCUCCCUUUGCUUCUUUAGAGUUUCUUAGCCAAUGCGAAACUAGUGGACAUAACAAGCUGAGUAGUCAUAACAAGAACACGACGAUAACAGAAAGCAACACCCAAAUAAUGAAUAGUCAUCAUUAUACGACACGUCGUUCGAAGCUAUCAACUGAAGAAAUCAUGAGAAUUGCCGGAUCAUGCUACAUACGAUUCUCGAGUGUCCAGGGAACAAACGACACCGUUUUGAUGCCCCCUUUUGGAAGCUGUUAUGCUAUCUCCGGUUUAUCCCAUGGCGAAACCAAAGAUGUACAACUAGUCCACCUUCUCUUAUCCGUAGCUGAAAAAGUCAACGACCAACAGUUUGACCAAGCCACCAGACUCCUCCAAAGUCCUCAACUCACUCCCUCUUAUUAUUAUUCCUCAUCACCUAAUAAUAAACCCAACUCAGUCGAGCGAGUUGUCCUCUCUUUCAUUGAAGCUCUUCAACAGAAAAUCGAUUCAGAAACUGGUUUUAUUACUAGAAAAAGAAGAGGAAGAAGAAGAUCAAUGACCAGUACAACUAAUACUACUAAUAAUGACAAAGAUCAAUUAAGUCGUGGUUUGGGUACAAGCAUUUUAAGCGUUACCUGCUUUCAACGACUCCCUUUUCCUCAGGUACUUCAUUUCCCAGCUGUUCAAGCUAUAAUCGAGAGUUUGGAUGAGUUUGAUGAUAAGCUUCAUGUGAUCGAUCUCGAGAUUAGAAGUGGGGUUCAAUGGACACUUUUAAUGAAAGCUUUAGCAGAGCGAAAUGAUAAUAAUAAUAUUAAUAAUCAAGACCGUCCAUUAUUUCAGCUUCUUAAGAUCACAGCCAUUGGUACACCGGAGAAUCAGGUCAAAAUUGAGGAAACCCAGAACCGGUUGACGAAUCUAGCUGAGUCUCUGAACGUACCCUUUUCGUUUAAAAUCUUGAUCUUAACAGAACUGGAUGACAUCAAUGAAGGUAUGAUCGAAACUGAGGAAGACGAGGUUUUAGCUGUGUUCACCUCGUUAUUACUAAGAAUGAUGUUGUAUAAGCCACUGAGUUUGGAGAAAUUGAUGAGAGUUAUUAAAACACUAAAGCCAUCUGUAAUGGUUGUCAUAGAAACAGAAGUUAAUCUAAACGCACCGUCGUUUGCGAACCGAUUCAUAGAAGCUUUGUUCUUCUAUGGGGCUUUCUUUGACUGUUUCGAGACUUGUUUUAAAGAGGAAGAAGAGCUUAAAACGACAAUGGAAGAGGUCUUGGGAAUGGGGAUUGAUAAUAUUGUGAGUAAGGAAAAUGGUGAGAGAGUUAUUAGAAGUGUGAGGAUUGGAGUUUGGAGAGCUUUCUUUGAGAGGUUUAGGAUGGUGGAGAGUAAGUUGAGUGACUCUUCUUUGUACCAAGCUAGCUUGGUGGCUAAGAAGUUUGGUUAUGGAAGUUCUUUGACUAUGGAAAGGAAUGGAAAGGGUUUGAUUGUUGGGUGGAAAGGUACUCCAAUUAAUUCCCUUUCAGUUUGGAAAUUUCUCUAAUGAUUAUUACGUAAACUCUUCUGUCUCUCAACUUUUUUCUCUUUGUUAAUUGUUUAUUUAAAUAUUGGAAGAUACUUGGAAUUUGAAAUAUCUUUUUUUUUUUUUUUAAGAAUAGGUUUAUUCCGGUUGUAGUUACAUAUCGUAAAUUACACUUGUUUUUACAUAUAUUUUUUGAAAUAAAGAUUGUAACUUUUAUUAAAGCAAAUCAACUAUCAAAAUAGCUUCCAAACGAGAAGGGACAGACCCUCUACUGGAAAUACGAUCAAGACAUGAACCAGAAGAAUGAGCUAACCAGUUAGCCGCUUGGUUCUCAGAUCGUUUAACAAACUGGAGUGAAAUAUGAAAAG